CAGUAUCUGGAGCAGUUGGGGUGGGCAGGCCCAGUUGGGAGGCGAGCGGGAGAGGAGAACUGCCGCGAUGCGAGAAUGCAUAUCAGUCCAUGUGGGUCAAGCAGGAGUUCAGAUUGGCAAUGCCUGCUGGGAGCUCUUCUGCCUGGAACACGGCAUCCAGGCUGAUGGCACUUUUGGUGUCCAGGCCAGCAAGAUCAAUGAUGAUGACUCCUUCACCACCUUUUUCAGCGAGACUGGCAAUGGGAAGCAUGUGCCCCGGGCUGUCAUGGUAGACCUGGAGCCUACUGUUGUGGAUGAGGUUCGGGCAGGAACCUACCGCCAGCUCUUCCAUCCAGAGCAGCUGAUCACAGGAAAGGAAGAUGCAGCUAACAACUACGCCAGGGGCCAUUACACAGUGGGCAAGGAGAGCAUCGACCUGGUGUUGGACCGCAUACGGAAGCUGACAGAUGCCUGCUCUGGCUUGCAGGGCUUCCUGAUCUUCCACAGUUUUGGUGGGGGCACUGGCUCUGGCUUCACUUCUCUGCUGAUGGAACGCCUCUCUCUGGAUUACGGCAAGAAGUCCAAGCUGGAGUUUGCUAUUUACCCGGCCCCACAGGUGUCCACUGCAGUGGUGGAGCCCUACAACUCCAUCCUGACCACGCACACCACAUUGGAACAUUCAGAUUGUGCUUUCAUGGUGGACAAUGAAGCCAUCUAUGACAUCUGCCGCAGGAACCUAGACAUUGAACGCCCUACCUAUACCAACCUCAACCGCCUCAUCAGCCAAAUUGUGUCCUCCAUUACUGCCUCUCUCCGCUUUGAUGGGGCCCUCAAUGUGGACCUCACUGAGUUCCAGACUAACCUGGUACCCUACCCUCGCAUCCACUUCCCUCUGGUCACCUAUGCGCCCAUCAUUUCUGCCGAAAAAGCCUAUCAUGAACAGCUCUCUGUGGCGGAGAUAACCAGCUCCUGCUUUGAGCCCAACAGCCAGAUGGUGAAGUGUGACCCGAGACAUGGCAAAUACAUGGCCUGCUGCAUGCUCUACCGGGGGGACGUGGUGCCCAAGGAUGUGAAUGUUGCUAUUGCUGCCAUAAAGACCAAGAGGACCAUCCAGUUUGUAGACUGGUGUCCCACAGGCUUCAAGGUGGGCAUCAACUAUCAGCCACCCACCGUGGUGCCAGGAGGGGACCUGGCCAAAGUCCAGCGGGCUGUGUGCAUGCUGAGCAACACUACGGCAAUUGCAGAGGCUUGGGCCCGCCUGGACCACAAGUUUGACCUCAUGUAUGCCAAGCGGGCCUUUGUGCAUUGGUAUGUUGGAGAAGGAAUGGAAGAAGGAGAAUUUUCCGAGGCCAGGGAGGACCUGGCUGCCCUGGAGAAGGAUUAUGAAGAAGUGGGGACUGAUUCAUUUGAAGAAGAAAAUGAAGGGGAGGAAUUUUAAAUAUACAUGUUCCCCUUGGCUGUGUCUCUUUAUUUAUGCCACUCCUGUCAAAGCAUAUUCAACUACUCCAAGAGUAACAGAUUAUAUUCUCAACCCCAGGCUGACUUCUGUCUUAUGUAAGAGAAGGAGUGUCUGGGCCAAAAAUGGAGGCUGAGCUCUGGCAUACCAUUUCUUAGGUAAUAGCAGCUUUGUGCCACCGAAGAAACUGAGGGUCACUGUCUCUGGGUUAGAAUGAAGACAAGUUAUAUAUGUUAGGAGGCCUAAUCGAAGUUUUAAUUCCUGCUUGGGCUAGGUCCAACCCCAAACUGAGCCUGCUGACUGCAGAAUGGUAGAACAUUUUGGGAAAGGAAAUAUCUAGGCACUGGGAAGAUUCUGGAUAGGGAGUUAGCAUUAGUUCUCAUUAAUGGGUCUGUAGCAUGGGCCAGGCACCAUUAGACUUAUCACAUGUUCAUUCA